AGCUUUGCCUCGAUCUCAACACGUAGGCACACCAGCGCGGUAACGCUCCACAGGAUGCGUUCUUGCUCUGAGUAAAAGGUUGAAGCCGGUCAACGGCAGUCAUCUUGGAAUCUCAAGCGAUAGGAAAACAAGUUUCGUGUCAAUCAUGUCAGCGCUACCUAGACCCCAGAUGAGAGGCUUGUUGAACAGCCAUCUCAAGAAGCAUUUUGCCAUCGGACUGGUACUGGCUGUCACCGGAGCCGCAUGUGUCAAAUUCUUUUUGUUCGAUUGGAGGAAGGCCAAGUACGCCGAGUUCUACAAGACGUACGACGUCCAGAAGGAUUUUGAGAGGAUGCGAGAGCUCGGAGUGUUCCACUCCGUCCGUCCACUAAGUGAAUCAGCAGAUGAAUAGGAGUCUCACUCAGUAGUUUAUACAUGUUUUUCAUCGUUGGUGUGUGUUACAUCAAGUUUUACAAGACAAAUGUUUCCAUGGAGAUUGAACCACCAGGCCUUCCCUGUGGGGAAAAAUUAAACCCGGAGGAAAGUUACUCGUGUCUUCGACCCACGCCACCUUAAAACCAGAAACCGCUGGAGCAUGAAAGACCUGCUUUUCUACUGUUAGGAGCCCAAGUAAAUGAUGGAAAAACAAGAAAAAUACAAGAACCAAAGUUUGAGGAAGGUUGCAACUUGCAAUAUCACCAUUUCGAGUUUCAUUUUCCCGAUAAUUUUGAAUCCCCAGUUCCUGUUUUUGAUUUGAUGUGUUACUUUCUGAAUGAUAGCAGACAAGUAGACAACGAGGGAAGAAGCGUUUUAGUUCAUUAUUGGUUUAAUAUUCAAAAUUGGUUUUAAAAAAAUACAUGUUAUGCAGUCAAAAAGUAUACUUCAAAUCUUUAUGUAGAGUGCAUGAUUGAUGCAGUGAAAACAAAAACAGCACUUGUCGCCAACUUAUACGGAGUUGCGUAUUACCAGAGACAAAACUUUGCUUGGAAAAUUUAACAGAAAAGUCUGAAUAGAAAAGCAGACACGUACAUCAGUUCUCAUUUCAACUGCAGUCGUUACUACAAACACUGUUAAUACAAAUUCUAGUUAUAGCAAACAAGGUCUUGGUCCCUAUCAUGCAUUUAUGUGCAUAAUGAAUGGGACCGGCACUCCACUUGACACAAAAUUCUGAUAUAACAAACAUUUUGGCUAUGUCCGGCUGAGGUAGUAUUAACGCGAGUCGAAUGUGGUUCUGUUUUCGCUAAGCAAAACUCGACAAUUCCUGUUUUCACACUUGGACCAUUCAUGUUCAAUAGUUAGACCUCUUGAGUGGAAUAAUUUAUGUUUUAAAAAGAAUGUUUGAAUAAAUUAGAUC